AUGGAGGACUUUAAACUGUUAUUUAUAAUUAUUCUGUCACUAUUACAUACAAUUAAAAGUCAAAUGAAUGUUGGAAUGGAAAUAAUAAUUAAUAAUAAAGAAUAUGAAGAAUUUUGUCAAAAUUAUACAACAAAUGUUUAUGUAACAAUAUCUGUUGAUCCUAGAAAUAAUGAUCAAAAUUCAAAAACUGUUCUUGGGCAAUAUUUAUCUAAACAUUUAUAUAAAAAACUAAUAAAAGCAAAUUUUCAAGGAAACUGGACUAAUCUGAGUAAAACACUGCAUACAGUAAUUCAAUCAGAAUGUCCAAUAAUGAAAUUAAAAGAUUUUGUCAUAACAAUACCUCAAAAUCUUGAUUCUUCUGGUAAUAUAUGGAAAUAUCCAUCUUAUCCAUCAGACAUUAAUUUUACAUUUAAUUUUACCUGUAUACCAGGAAGUUAUGGACCAACAUGUACAAAAUUUUGUGAAAGUCCUCUUGAUUCUAAUUUACUUUGUGACUCAAAUGGUAAAUUAAUUUGUAAAGAUGGUUUUAAAUUUCGUGAUCAAGAUAUGAAAUAUUGUAUACCAAUUUGUCUUGAAUCAUGUCACAAAAGUGGUGGUAAAUGUAUUUCACCAGGUAUAUGUUUAUGUAAUGAUACUAAAGCUAAAGAGGAAUGUCAAAUUUGUGAGGAAUCUUGUUUGAUAAAUAAAGAAUCAUCAAAUAAUAAUUUAAUUUCAAAUAAUGAAUGUAUAUAUAAUGGUGUAUCUAUUCCAAACAAUAAAGUAAAAGAAUUUUUAUGUGAAAAAGUAUUGUGUAAUAAUACAAAAAUUCAUAUUAUUAAAGAUUUAUGUAUUUCACAUAAUUGUCGAAUUCAGAAAUCUCUUUGCUCCUCAGUAAAAGAAUGUUUACCCUUUGAAAGGUAUCCUGAUUUUUGUUUAUCUGGUCCAUGUUCGUUAAAAAAGAAACAAUAUUUUUGUGAUAUGGUUAAUAAAAAUUGUACAGAAUGUUUGUCAUUUUCAAAAUGGCUUUUAGAGGGAAUGAAACAUAGAUCAAAAAAUAAACUUUACUUUGUUUUAAGUGAUUCACCAUUAAAGGAUAAGAUAAAAUUUUCAGAUUUUAUAAGAGAAAUUUUUUUACUUCUACAAAAAUCUAAAUUAUUUAAUAUUUUUAUUUAUUUUGACAAAAUUACUAUUAAUAAGGUUGAUGUAAUUGUUUUAUCAAUAUACUCUCCAACAAUUAAUGAAAUAAAAGCAAAAGAUCAAGUUGAAGGAAUUUUAAGAUUCUCACAAAGUCGAAGUUUAUUAAUGAAACAAUUUAGAUAA